CCUCACGGGCUGUGGCGCGGUAUGGUGAUGGCGAAUGUAGCGGCAUCGUUAACGGCAGUCGCGGUUCUUUUGGCUGAUCCUGCAGCUGGAAAGGGCGCGGGCGGCAUUACCGCGGCUCAGCUCGGCAAAUCGGCGGCAGGGAUGGCCGGCCCGUCGCCGCUCAAGACCCUCGAAGAGGGACUUCCGAGGGCGGUGGCCUUGGCCCAGCUUGAGCAGGAGAUUGAGGACCUGAACGUGAUGCACAAGUUUGACCGGCGGUUAGAGCGUCUUGCGAUGGUGAUGCCGCUGACGGACCAGUUCGACCCCGGAGUGACCCACUUCGCGCACGAGCACCUGCAGGAGGGGGACAAGAUCUCUAUGCCGGCGUCUAUCCUGUCGGAGCUGAUGCGCAAGCAGGCAGAGAUCCCGUGGCAGUUCGAGCUCAAGCUCGUCCGGCGGAAGGGGCCCGGGAAAUUCGAACCGGUCGACGUACCGGCGCCUCCGAGAGCGGCGCUAACGGGCAGGGCGGAGAUGCCCCAGCUGUCGGCCGUCGCGUGCAGCAUCCUGGAUGCGCGGUCCCCGGAGCAGUUCGUGUUCAUGCCCGACUGGAUGAUGAAGGCGCUGCGCUUGCGACCCAGGGACAUCGUGUUGUACCGGCAUAAGGACCUCACCAAGGCCAGCAAGAUCGUGCUGCAGCCACACUCCAGCGCGUUCCUCAAGAUGUCCAACCACCAGGCGGUGAUGGAGACAGAGCUACGCCACUACUCGGCUAUCACCCGCGGCACGACGGUGGCGUUCCGGUACCGGAAGACGCUGUACAAGUUUAACGUGCUGGAGUGCAUCGACGCCGAUGGAAAGUCCCAGGAGGCGGUGUGCGUGCAGGACUCGGAUGUGGCAACAGACUUCCAGGCGGCACUCGAUACUCCGGCCGGGAGACGGAAACCAGGAGCGAAGGCGAAAUCUCCGGAUGAGGGGUCUUCGAAGAAGAAAUCGCGGGAACCUCUAGAGGAAGAAGAAGAGGAGGGGGAUUACGAGAGCGAGAGCGAAGAGGAGGAGGAGGGGGGCUGGGGAAGCGAUGAGUUCUGAUCGGAUUUUUGGAGUCCCCGAGUUGGUUG